AAUAAGGAAGCUGAUCCACAGAUCCAUACUUAACUAGCUACAGCAGCUAGGCAACAAAGUAGAUGUCAAAAAACAGAAUAGUCUCUAAGUACAGUAUAUAGUUGUUUUACCUGAAAUAUUGAGCCUACAAUGUCGUCUUCCGUGCAGAUGACCGAGCUAUAUGACAACGCGCUGCUUGGCAUCUUGCAGCAUGUCGGAAAUAUCCAGAAUUUUCUACAGGUUUAUUUUGGUUUUCUGUAUCGAAAGACGGAUUUCUACCGCCUGCUCAGCAGCCCCAAUGAUCGUAUGGGUUUCCCCCCAGGAGUUGCGGAGAAAAUGGUUCUUAAGACCUUCAAGCUGUUUGAGCAGAUAGCAGCACAGGAUAGAGAAAGGACCGCCCGAGAGGCAGAGAUGAGAGAGAGGGAGGCCAGGAUGGCUCCCCCUGCUGUGCAGGAGGUGGUGGUAGAGUCUCGGCAGGAGGAGGAGACAAUGGAACAGAAGGAAGAGUCUGCAGGUGCAACAUCCUCACCAGCUGUGCAGUCCCCACCUCCCAGCGCAGAGUCAGGCAGCAGUGACAUUGUGCCAUCGCCAGAAGCUCAAGCAACACCCAGCUCCCAGACAGCUGCUACAAAACUUGGGCAGGCACAAUUUCAGGAGAACCCAGACAGCUACAAUGGUGCAGUCAGAGAAAAUUACAGCUGGUCUCAGGAUUAUACUGAUGUGGAGAUCCGUGUGCACGUCCCCGCUGAUGUCGUCAAGGGCAAGCAGGUGUCGGUGAGUUUGCAGUCGGGCAGCGUGCGCGUGACCGUGAGGGAGGGGCCGGCGGAGCGCGUACUGAUGGAGGGAGAGCUCAGCCACAAGAUCAACACUGAGAAUUCUCUCUGGAGCUUGGAGCCUGGAAAAUGUGUUCUGCUCUCUCUCAACAAGACCGGAGAGGUGUGGUGGAAUGCGGUGCUGAAGGGAGAGAAGGAGAUUGACGUGAACCAGAUCAACCGGGAGCGCUCCAUGGCCAGCGUGGACGAGGAGGAGCACGCUGUGCUGGACCGCCUCACUUUUGACUACCGGCAGAAGCUGCAGGGCCGGCCACAGAGUCACGAGCUGAAGGUGCACGAGAUGCUGAAGAAAGGCUGGGAUGCUGAGGGCUCCCCUUUCAAAGGACAGAAGUUUGAUCCAGCCAUGUUCGACAUCCCGGCCAGUGCUGUGCAGUUUUGAGAGGCUAACAGCUGGUGGACUGCUGGUGCUACUUGCUGCCACGUGGACCUGUGCAUAUCCAGACAUGUGCCACCAUACACAUAUACACACAUGCUGUGUGUGCUUCAUUACUGCAGGGCAUCCUGAUGCAUAAGAAGGCUAAUCAACAUAGCAGUUGUAAUUCACUUGCAACAAAUGCCAAAUGCAAGAAGAAUGAAGACAGGAGCUGGGAAUGAGAGCAUAGUAGUUGUUAGCUGGUAAUGGAUGAAAACAGCCUGUGAAUAUAUCGGUAACCUGUGGUGAAUAUCUUUGUAAGUACAUAAAACAAUUUUGUAUUUCAUUAAUGCUUUUUUGGUUAAAAUGUGUAAAUGGGUUUGUGCACCUAGAGUGUCUGUCUGUUCUGAAUGCAGUGGCCAUAGCCGACAUUAUCCGUCUUUCCAUUUCAGGUCUUAUGCCUCAGCAAUUCAAUGGUCUUUUGACACAUUGAAGCUGAUACAUGCUGAGGACUGCACCAAUGACCUGUAUAGUGGUGGCAUGUUCCUUCCCUCUGACAACUGUGUAUAGAUGUAUGAGGAUUGUUGUACAGUACUCACAGCUGGGCAAUCAACAAAAAAUUUCAAAACUGCAGUUACAUAUUUUACCCUGAAAUGUAUUUU